AUGAACCGCAGCGAGCUUCUGCGGGAGCUGCAGCGGCGGGAGGAGGAGGCCGCGCGCGAGCAGCUGCUGCUGCUGCGACGAAUGCGCGAGGCGGAGCGGGAGAGGACCCGAGAGGCGGAGGGGGACAGGGGGAGGGAAAGGGGGGAGGCGGGAGAAAGCGGGAGAGGGGAGGCUGCGCGGCGGGAGCUGCAGGACGGGCGGCAGCAGCAGCUGGCGCAAGAGCGGCAGGCGCAGGGGGAACAGGCGGAGCAGGUGUAUUACGACUUCAGUCGCAUACGCCCGCGCGAACCGUCGCCUCCUAGGCUCCCCAGGGACGCGCUCCCGUGGGUGCUGCUAGCGGGGGCCGCGGUAGCGGCAGCAGCGGUGGUGCACCACAAGCGCAAUAAAAGGAAAUCUCUUCUCGCUUUCCUUGUCUGUGCAUCCGUCCCAUCCCUUGGCUCGCAGUUACCCAGGGACGCUCUCCCCUGGGUGCUGCUAGCGGGGGGCGCGGUAGCGGCAGCAGCGGUGGUGCACCACAAGCGGCGGUGCCACCGCAGCAGGCAGCAGCACAUCGCCGCGGAGUCAGUAGUCGGCUCCUCAGGCCCCCCCCUUGGCGCAUGCUCCGCCCCCCUACUCUCCCCCCAUGGCCCCCCUUUCUCCCCGCACGCCCCGCACGCCCCGCACGCUCCGCACGCCCCGCACUCCGCCUUCCACCCGUCCGCCUUCCCCCAUGGCUCUCCUCCAAGGCCCGCCCAGCGGUCGCCCCAUGCGUCCGCGCUCUACUCCUCCGCCUCUUCCGCCCGUUCCCCCGCCUCCUGCCCUGGCGCGUCGCCCCGUUAUAAGCACGGCGCGCCCUCCGCGUGUAAUCACGGCGCGCGGUCAUGCACCAGCGGCCCCCGCAUUAGAGGAACGCAAGGGAUAGGCGCUCCUGUGGCGGAAGCUUCCCCGCAGAAAGAGCUAUCAGGGGCGCUGUCGGGUGUUGGGCCGCGGAUAGAGGGGGAAGGGGGGCGCGGAGAGAGAGGCGAUGGGGGAAUAUGGGCGGAAGGGUGUGCGGAGAAGGGUAAGGGUAAGGCGGAAGUCAGGGGGAGGCGAUUUCGGAGGAGGGAAGGGAGGGAAGAGGCUGGAGAGGAGGUAACUUCUGCGAGAAUAGAGAGACCAAGUGGCCGUUAUGAAAUUGCUGCUGGUGCUGCUGCUGGUGCUACUGGUGCUACUGGUGCUGGCGCUGGUGCUGGCGCUGGUGGCGCUACCGGUGGUGGAAGGUCGUUGUUGGCUUCUGCAGCGGAGUACGGCCUCUACGCGGACCACCUUCGCCCCCACGCCCUCUCCCCAGCCCACGCGCUCAGCACAGGGCCUGGGCGCGCAGCAGCCAUCAGCGCGGGAGGGGGGGGAAGAGGAGGGGGAACGGAAAGCGGGGGAGGCACAGGGGGAGGAGGAGGGGGGAAUGGGGAAGGGGGAGGCGCAGGGAGUGAGGGGUCCCCGCUGCCUGGCGGCCUGGCGAGCUGGCUGCGGGAGGAGAGAGAGAGGGGGCAGGGCGGGCGAGAGGGGAUGGAGCGGAGGGAGUGGGGAAGGUUGGCGGAUGCGGGUGGGCAGCAGCAUGUGGAGGGGGGUGGGCAGAUGGGUGGAGAGGCAGUGCAGCCAGGUCCUUCUGAGGGAAAAGAUGCAGGCACCCCUGCAUGGAAGAGGCACGCCUGGCUGCGCACAGCUGCUCGCCACACCACACCCGCACCCUCUGUUGCCAGCGCUGCUGGCGCUAGUGGCGCGACUGCCAGUGCUUUCACUGCCAGUACUGCUGCCCCUGCUGCUGCCACAGCCGGUGCUGCCAACAGCCCUGCGCCUGCUGGGUCUAACCAAGGCAGCUCCACCACUCACCUGCUCGCGCCCUCGCCAUUCACUGCAACCCCCUCACGUUUCCCCGGAGCUCCCUCCCCGUUUCCUGCAUCUGAAAUCCCCCUGGCAUCUCCUCCUUCCUCUACCCCACCGCCUCCUGCCGUGGGACUCACUCGAUUCGCGGCGGCUCUACCAGACCCCGCAGCUGCAACUGCUGGUGUUGGUGAUGUAGCGCAAUUAGCUGAUGGCUCAAGGAAGGGAGGCGCUGUGAUGAAUGGAGAGGCGUUGAGCGCGGCAGUAAAGGCAGGCGGCCUGCCGGCUCUUCAUGGACUCUCGCUCUCCUCAAAUUCGUCAGUUUCUUCCGCAUUGCUGCCUACUGCCCGUGCGGUGGAGGCAGGGCGAGGAGGAGGAGGUGGAGGAGGUGGAGGAGGUGGAGGAGGUGGAGAGGGAGGAGGAGGUGAGGAAGGGCGGGAGACAACACCACUUAAGGAUCUGGCAAUGGAAUCCGUGUCUGCUUCGGCAGCAGCCAGUAGUGCUGCUGGUGUUCCUGCUGCUGCUGCUGGUGAUGCUGCUGGCGCUGCAGUCACGGCGACUGGGGCAGCAGCGGCGGCGGCAAACGCGGCACACUGGCAGUUUGGCGGAAGGGCUGGUUCGGCAGCAGAGGGAGGCACGAGCGGGCUUGGCACGCCAGUAGCACCAGGACCAGCAGCAGCGAUUGCACUUACUGAAGCCUGUGUUUCAGGCCAGGCACUGGCUGCCGUGUUUCGGUUCGGGAGUGUUCCAGCAGGGAGGAGGUUUUCAGAUUCUUUCUCCAUGCCUUUCACUGGUGCUGCUGCUGCUGCUGCUGGUAUUACUACUGGUGGUGCAGGUGGGACGGGCACUGCCUUCCAUUCUGCUGCAUCCCACAGUGCCUCCACUCACCCUUCGUUCCUCUUCUCGGCCUCUCCCACUCCCCUCUUCUCCUCUUCUCCUGUCCCCCUCUUCUCCGCGUCUCCUGUGCUUGCCUCUCCUGGUCUGACCAGCACAGUUGCUCCCCCUCCUGGUGCCAUCAACAGCAGCAGCGGUGGCACUGAGAGGGCAGCGAGGGAGGAAGCCGAGACACGGGCGAGGCAGCUGAAAGCUGAGCUGGAAAGACUGGCUGCUGAGCUGGCAGCUAAAGAGGCAGGCGCAGCGGAGCAAAGGGAAACGGAGAGGAGGGAGAUGAGGGUGGGGGAUAGUGAGGGAGGAAAGGAGGAGCGCGGGCUUGUGCGUGGGAAGGAGGCAGGGAGAGCAGGGGCUGGGGAGGAUGUGGGCUCAAAUGUUGUAUGUAGCUCUGGAUUCGAGAGUGACUGUAACGAAGGGGGUGGUAAAGAGGUGGAGAAAAAUGAGGAGGACAGCGAAGGUAGGAGAGAGGGAAAAUGGGAGGAGGGGGAGGAGGUGGAAAGGGAUGGUGAUGGUGAUGGUGAUGGUGACGGUGGGAAUGACGGUGCGAGUGAUGUUGGAAGUGAUAUUGGGAGCGAUGCUGCGGGGAUGAUAGCAGAGGCUGUGGCAGCAGUAAUGGAGGAAGCAAGGGAGGAGAUGGAGCAGGUGAAGGCCGGUGCCCGCGCUGCUGCUGACGAGACUUAUGCUAAAGGGCGGGCGGAGGGGAGGAGGGAGGGGAGGGAGGAGGCGUGGAGGGAAGGGAUGGAGGAUGUGAGAUUGGAUGGGAGGAUCGCGGGGAGGAAGGAAGGGAGAGGGGAGGGGAGAGAGGAAGGGAGGAAGGAGGGGAGAGAGGAAGGGAGGAGGGAAGGGAAAGAGGAGGGGAGGAGGGAAGGGAGAGAAGAGGGAAGGGCAGAAGCGAUGCAGAUUGCACAGAGGGAGCUGGAGGAAGCUGCGAGGAAGGUGCGGGAGCUGGAGGAACGAGUGGCUAGAGCUGAAGACAUGGUCCUGAUGAACAGUAAAGAGUGCAGCACUGGGGCUCCUCAGGAGGGCACAAUCCGCGUUAUAGACAGCCCCAUGAAUAAUACAAUGGACAGCGCCAUAAACAGUGGAAUAAACAAGACUGUAGACAGUACCACGAGCAAUGGUUCAAAGGAUACAACUCCUGCUGUGGCUGCUUCUGACGUUGCAGCAGCAGCUAUGGCGAGUCUAAAGUCACUCGAGCAGCAAGUGAGAGAGGGGGAGGAGAGGGAGAGGGCGUGGCAGGGGAGGUUAGAGGCAGCAGAGCAGGCAAGAGAUGCGUUGCACACACAGGCAGUGGCUGCAGCCGAAGCUGCGACUACUGCAGCUGAGGCGGUGGUGGCAGCAGCAGAGAGUGAAGUGGCAGCAGGGAGAGAGGCGGUUCGAGAGGCAGAGAGAUUGCUUGGAGAGGAGAGGAGGAGGUGUGAGGGGUUGGUGAGGGAGGUGGAGAAGGAGGGGAGGAGGUGUCGGGAGUUGGAGGGAGUGGUGGAGAGGGAGGAGAGGAGGUGUGAGGAGCUGCGGAGAGAGGUGGAGAGGGGUAGGGAGAGGUGCAGGGAGAUUGGGGAGGAGCUGAGGAGGGAGAGGGAGAAGGGGGAGAGAGCGAGGUUGAUGGUGCAGCAAGAGAGGGAGAAGGAGUGGGAGAGGACGGAGAGGCAGGCAGAGGAGGCUGCACUGGUGCUGCAACAAUUUGAGCAGCUGGCUGCUGCUGUGGUUGAUGCGGUAGUGGCUAAGGUGAAUUCUGAAUCGAAACAAGAGGCUGGGCUAGUGCUGCAGCAGUUUGAGGGCCUGGCUGCUGCUGUGGUUGAUGCCGUGGUUGAUGCCGUGGUGUCUGGGGGUAGAGCGAAGGAUGGUGAGGUAGAGAGAAGUCUGCAGCAGGUGAAGCAGGAGAGGGGGGAGGGAGGGAUGGAAGGACAGGAAGGGAGAGGAGAGGAGGAGGGGAGAGGAGAGGAGGUGGGAGUGAGAGAGAAGAGUGAGGAGCUCAUGAUGCGUGUGAGGGAGCUGGAAGCCAGGAUUCAGGAAGCUUCUGAGAAGGAAAGUUACACCAUGGAGAUUGCAGCGGUUGCCUUGGAGUCAGCUGUGGGUGAGGCGGUUAGAAAGGCGGUAGCACGGGCUGGGAAGAAGGAAGCGGAAGCUUCUGAGAAAGAGAGGUAUGCGACUGAAGUUGCAGCAGUUGCCUUGGAUUCAGCUGUGGGUAAGGCAGUUAGAAAGGCAGUAGCACGGAAGCAAGCGGAAGCUUCUGAAAAAGAGAGGUACACGAUGGAAAUCGCAGCAGUUGCUUUGGAGUCUGCGGUGGGUGAGGCAGUCACAAACGUGGUGGUAACACGGGGUGAGGCACAAGCAGAAGCUUGUGAGGAGAGGCAUGCAAUGGAGAUUGCAUCGAUUGUCCUGGAAUCAGCUGUGGUUGAGGCGGUAACACAGGCAGUAGCACGGGCUGAGAAGAAGGAAGUGGAAGCUUCUGAGAAGGAAAGGUAUAUUAUGGAAAUAAUGGGGAUUGCGCUGGAAGGGGUAGUAGAGGCGGCAGUAAGUCAGGCUGUUGCCAAGGCAGAGGCUCGGAUGCACAAGGCUGAGAAACAGGUUCGGGAGAAGGUACGGGAGGAGCUCUGGGAGCAGGUUCGGGAGGAAGUUCGGGAAAAGGUUUGGGAGGAGGUUUGGCCCGAAGCUGAGCAGAAGGCUCGGGAGAAGCUGAAUUCUGCGUGGGCAGCUGUUGCCAAAGCCGAAGCUGCUGUGGAGGCUCGGAGUGCUGCUGUGGUGGAGGAGGGGAGAGUGAGGAUGGAAGAGAGGGUAAGGCGGGAGGACGGGCUGAGGGAAAGGGAGGAGAGAGUGAGGGAGGGAGAGGGGAAGUUGGAUGAAGAUGUGUGGCUCUUAGAGGAGGCUCUUAGGCGGCGGGACGAGCAACUGCUGCUCUUAGCUAAGAGGGAGGAGGAGGUGAGUGGAAGGGAGGAGGAGGUAGGGAAAAAGGAGGAGGAGAUAGCACAGAGAGAGGAGGAGGUGAGGAGGGGAGCAGAGGAGGUGAGGAAGGGAGGGGAGGCGGAGAGGGAAGGAGAUAUGGGGGAUGGGGGAAUUGAGGUGGGGAGGGCAAUGGAGGUAGCAGCGGCAAGGAAGGCUGCUCGUGCUGCUCAUGCUGCUGCUGCUGCGGCUGCGAGGAGAGUGGUGGAGGAGAGAGAGCGGUGCAGAGAGCUUGGGGAGGAGUUGGAGAGGAGAGCAGAGAGGGAGGAGGAGAGAGCGAGAGGGAUGGUGCAAGUGGGGGCGGUUGUGCUUGAAGCUGCUGUGGAGGAGUGUGUGAGGAGGGCGGUUGAGAGGGAGAGGGGGAGAGAGACGGAGAGGGAGAGAGAGAGGGAGAGAGUGAGGGAAAGGGUGAGGGUGAGGCAGAAGGAGAGGGAGAGGGAGAGAGAAAGAGAGAGGGAGAGGAAGAGGGAGAGGGUAAGAGAAAGGCUGUGUGUAAGGGAACGGGUGAGGAUGAGAAUGUGGGAGAGGGAGAGGGAGAGGAGGAGGGAGAAGGAGAGGGAGGAGGGUGGAGGGGAGGUUGAGGAAGCAUGUUUGCAUGUCAUGAUGGCUGCAGCUAUCGAGGCAGCUGCAGAGCAGGCUGCUGCUUCAGCUGUAGCGGCAUCUGUAGCAGCAAAGGGAUCGGCGGCUGCAGCUGUAGCAGCGAAGAAAUGUGUAUCAGGCUGUGCAAUGGAUAAAGGGGGAGUGGAGCUGGAGGAAAGGAAAUGGAUGGAGGAUGGGGAAGGACCUGAGGAUGAUGGAGAGGGGGAGACGGAGGAGGCAGAAGGGGAGGAGGUGGAGGGGGAGGAGGAGGGGGGGGAGGAGGGGGAGGAGGAGGCGGAGGGGAGGGGGGAGGAGGAGGGGGAUGACGUGGAGGGGGAGGGGGAUGACGUGGAUGGGGAGAGGGAUGAUGUGGAUGGGGAGGGGGAUGACGUGGAUGGGGAGGGGGAUGACGUGGACAGCAUGCUGGAGGAGCUGUUGGGAUUGGCUGAGAAUAGAGGGGCGGAUGGGGAGGGCGAUGAUGGGGAUGAGGCGGAUAGCAGGGAGAGCAAGUAUGUGCCAUGGAGCGGCGGCAAGGCUGCUGGCUGCUGGAGCCCCGGCAGGGUGAAUGGUUCUGUCAGUGAGGAUAGAGGUAGCGUGGAUGGCUGUGGUGCUGAUGGUGCUGGUGCGCGUCCUGAUCAUUAUUGUGAUGACAGUGGUGAAGAGGUUGAUGGUGGCAGUGCUAGUAAUCAUGGCAGUGGUAGUGACGAUGAUGUGAGUCAUGAGGACGAGGAGGAGGAGGAGGAUGAGGACGAGGAGGACGACGAGGAGGAAAGUGCGAGGAAGCAGGUGGAGAGGAGCAUUUUCGCAGCUUUGGAGGAGAUGAAGCAGUGGAGUGUGGUGACCUCAGCCUCGGACUCAGCUUCUGCUUCAGCCGCAGCCGCAGCUUCAGCGUCAGUUUUAUCACAGAAGGUUGACAACAACAGGGACGACGCACAUGGCAGUAAGGGAGAUGAUAGACUGUGUGGUUAUGAUGGUGCCUCACAAGGCGCCCUGUCUUUGCCACAGUGUGGGGCAGAAACGGUUACUGUCACUGUGAGUGACGGCGGCAGUCCCUUGAACCCAUCACACCCGGAAUCACAAUACAUGUCGCCAGUGCAGCAACACGUGCAGCUCGCAAAGCAACACGUAUCGCCACUGCAGCAUGCCAGCAGCAGCAGCAGCACUCUCUGUCGAAGCCAGUCGGGGGUUCCUGCUGCAUCCGCCCCUCUCCCUGCUCCCCUGUCAGCCCCACAAGCCAAGCACUCUGCAUCAGCGUCGUCCUCCCCCAUCCUCCGAUCCUCCUCUUCUCCUCUCUCCCGAACCGGUGCGUUGGCGUUGGGCACGCGGAGGCGGCAGGUGCGGCCCGUACGUCUGUUUGGUUCGGGCGAGGAACGGAGCGCAACAGCGAAUGAAUCUUCGUCUUCUUCCCUCCCCUCACAGCCUAUCCUCGAUUCCACCCAACCAGCAGCAGAGGCGGAUAUGCCUGCUGAUGAAGAAAAAACGAGCAACGUGUAA